AUGCUUCUUCUCUACCUCUCUGUACUGGCACUCUUCAAACCCACUCCCCUUGCUGCCCAAGAUGAAGAGCUGACACCCUCCUGCAAUAAAGAAACUUCAAAUGCCUGUGCCCUCAUCACUUGUGGCCCUGUGGAAAAUGGAUUGCCUGGGAGAGAUGGAAGAGAUGGGAAAGAUGGUCCCAAAGGAGAAAAGGGAGAUCCAGGACCGCCAGGACCUAGAGGCCCACCAGGAGAAACCGGUCCCAUUGGACCCAAAGGGGAUGAAGGUCCCCCUGGGGAUCCAGGUCCAAAGGGAGAUGCUGGAGAAAAAGGAUCUCCUGGAGCUCCAGGUCCUAUUGGAAGCAGAGGUUCCCCUGGACCCCAAGGGGACAAAGGACCCCAAGGUGAACAGGGACCCAAGGGAGAAGAUGGAGCCAAAGGCCCUAUGAGAGAGAAAGGAGAAUCAGGAGAUCAAGGACCUCCUGGAAAUCUUAGAGCAGUAGGGCCCCCUGGAAUCCCUGGCAUUCCAGGCAUCACAGGACCAAGGGGCCUCCCUGGGCCAAAAGGAGAUAGAGGAUCACCUGGGAAGGAAGGAAAAAGUUCUCUGGAAGAAAUAAACAAGCUGAAGCAGGAAGUGGCUGAAUUGCACACAAAAGUUGAGGACCUCCAAAAACAACUCUCCAAGCAACAGAAAGUUGAACUCUUCCCAAGUGGUCAAGCAGUUGGGAAUAAGAUAUUCAAGACCAGUGGCUUUGAAGGCAACUUUGAUAAGGCAACAAAAUCAUGCAAAGCAGCUGGUGGUACAGUGGCCUCUCCCAGAGAUGAGGCAGAGAAUAAAGCUGUACAGAAGAUUGUCUCAAGAUAUGGCAAGGCAGCCUUCCUUGGCAUGACUGAUAUCCAGAAAGAGGGCAAAUUCGUCUAUCCAACAGGAGACCCACUGGGCUAUUCCAACUGGGAACCGGGAGAGCCCAAUAACAAGGGUGGUGGAGAGAACUGCAUUGAGAUCUUUUCUAAUGGCAAGUGGAAUGACAAGCCAUGUGAAGAGCCACAUCUCAUCAUUUGUGAAUUUUGA